GCACACUCUACCUAGGUAAUCUUAUCAUUGUCUCGACUCUCAACUGCCCACGAGAUUGUGCGACCAUACAACAGCUCUGACAUGUUGCAAGUUUACCACCGCCAGGAAUUCUAGCUAGAUUAUUCAUUCAUAAAGCCCAUCGUUAUCGAGUUAUUCGAUUCGAGUUUUACAAUCCAUCACAAUCCAUCAAUACUUUCCACACCAAUAUCAUUUUCCGGAAUGGUCCAUUGACUGUUUUUGUAUCAGUCUUUUUUCACGUCACAAAUAUAGGUUCUAUUCUUCCCACACCAGUCUACGACCUCUCCUCUUCCCACGUCAACAAAAAGCCGAUAGACUCUUUCGUCUCGAAGUUCAAAAAGUAAUGUCUACAACAUCAUGGGAUUAUAUUGCAAAGCUCGUCUGCAUUGGCGAUAGCGGAACUGGAAAAUCAUCUCUCACAAUUCGACUCUGCGAGGGGCGCUUUUCUCCGCAUCAUGACGUUACCAUUGGCGUCGAAUUUGGAUCACGAAUCAUUCCAGUUGGUCCACCGAAUUCAGAAGGAUUCAAACCAAAAUCGAAUACGCUGGAUGAAGAGCCAGCACCUCAACCUUCAGCUACAGAAUCAGAUGUACCUCAGAAACAUAUGAAGCUCAGUUUGUGGGACACGGCAGGACAGGAAACUUACAAGAGCGUAACGAGGAGUUACUUCCGUGGAGCUUCAGGCGCACUGCUUGUAUUCGACAUCUCGAGGCGACCAACAUUUGAGCAUGUUACGGACUGGCUACAUGAUUUGCGACAAAUUGCUGAACCCGAUAUAGUUGUUGUGUUGGUAGGAAACAAGAGUGACUUGGCUACAGGCGAGGAGAACAAACGAGAGGUUACCGUGGAAGAGGCAGAAGCUUGGGCAAAGCGAAAUGGUGUAUUAGAGUAUGUCGAAACAAGUGCGAAGAGUGGUGAGGGCGUUGAAAAUGCAUUCGCAAGAGUGGCAGAAAGGAUAUACAUGAACAUCGAAGCUGGAAGAUAUGACUUGAAUGACAGGAGAUCUGGAGUGAAGGGUCCUGGCUAUGGAGGUUCGAAAACAAAUGUUAAAUUGGCCCCCCAGAAAGCCAGCAGCGGUGGAUGUUGUUGAGCAAAACGAGGCUCACGAGUUUCAAUCUGCCACAGCAUAUGCGGGCACACAGAUAUUGGGGAUUGGUCUCGACGACUAUACACUACUCAAAGUCUGUCGUCAGCCGCAGUUUUCCCAGAAGACUUUGUAUAUAUUCUAGUGCGGGACUGGAUAGUCUUAAAUCCCUUGUACGAUAGGAAAGUCCCGAAAGGUUUCGGAAAGUUGGCUUUGAUAUACCCAAAGCAUGAGAAUAAUAAUAAGUUGGAUUGGGGUUCUUUUCUCUUCUUCUUCUCUCUUGUCUUCUCCUCACA